AUGAACUGGGAAGCACCAGGUUUACUGCAGCCAGAUGCAGUUGCUCUGCACAACCGAGAUGAAGGCCUGCAGCCAAACCUUCAUCUGCUUGGCCACCUCUUCCUCUCACGGCCCAUGAGCCACGCCUUCAACUGCAUCCUCCUCUUCCAGUUUCCCAUCUAUGUGAUCCCGGCUUUCACCUGGAUUCUAACUCUUGCGAUCUUAGUAGCCCACCCAGUCAUCCAGCCAAUCACUUCCCUGCUCACCCUACUGAAAGGAGUCCUGCUCAUUGUCACGGUGGCUGUGACAUUUGCAGUGGGGUCAGAGGUUGGCCUUCAGAGCAGCAAUGACUUCAGUCAGAUGGGGAAACCUUUCCUAAUGGGCACAGUAGCUCUGGGAGGGAUUGUAAAUGUGAUGCCUUUGCUUUUCUCACAGAUCUCACACAACAAAACACAGAUCCUGUGGUUUCGAAGAGCAGUUCUUGGAGGUCUGACAACCUGCACUGUGCUCAACAUCCUCUGGGGAGAGCACCACAGGACACUGGGCUGUUUCAAGAAUGACUGCUACAACCUCUCCACAGGCUGA